AUGAGCUAUAUGAGUAAUACUGGAUUAGAUAAUGCAGAGAUACUUCCAGCUAGGAGGAUGACGGAGAAAAAAGUGGCCAAUACAGAUAACCAAGACCGUGAUAGUCUUUCAAGUGAUCGGACAUCCUCCAUGAGCGACGAUGGGGAAGAUGAGAACGACGAUGGGGAAGAUGAAAACGACGAUGACGAAGAGGAUGAAGCACCUUUGUUAAGGUACUCACGUAUUACAAACCUUCCAAAGAGUUAUUUUGGACGAGACUCCAUAUCGGCAUGCUUUUUUCAUGAUAUAAUAUUCUUAUUUGGUACACACUCGGGUCUAUUGCAUAUGACAUCUACGAAGUUUGAAGCAAUUAAAACCAUAAAAUGUCACAGAUCCUCCAUAUUAUCUAUUUACACAGAUGGUCAGACGUUUGCAACUGCAUCAAUAGACGGUACAGUCGUAAUUGGAUCUAUAGCAGGCAUAAGAGGUGACCCUGUAAUUGAUUCGCAGUUGCAGCUAACUGCAUUCGAUUUCAAGAGGCCUAUCAACUCAGUUGUUUUAGAUACAAAUUAUGUGGCAACAAAAACAUUUGUCUCAGGUGGUAUGGCAGGUGAUGUUAUUCUAUCUCAACGAAACUGGCUGGGGAAUAGAACUGAUAAUAUAAUAUCUGAAAAUAAGGGCCCUAUCUUAGGUAUAUUCAAGAUUGAUGAGAUACUGUUUUGGAUAAAUGAAUCAGGCAUCCAGUUUUGGGAUAUACCCUCCAAGGUUUCAUUGUUGAAAGUACCCUUUGAUAAGGGCCAAAUGUCACUUAAAAAAGACUUUAGAUAUGAUUUAUUUAGGCCACAUGUACACUUUCCUGAAAUCGACAGAAUAAUUGUCGGAUGGGGCGAUAAUGUAUGGUUAUUCAAGGCUACAUUGUCUAAAAGGCAAAAUGGCGAAGACAACACCACCCAUCUAGGCUCAGUACUAUCAAGCGCCGCCUCUAGUCUAAGAGUUACACCUGAGAGGUCUGUUAAACUAGAAAAGCACUUUAUUAUCCAGUGUCUUAUUGCAGGUAUUACAUCAUUCAAAGAUGAUCAAUUACUUUGCCUUGCAUUUGAUGAAGUAUACGACAAAAAUGAUGAACUUGUACUAAAGGGCCUGCCGCCUCAAUUAAAAGUUUAUGAAGUAGAUACUGGAGAAGAAGUACAUAGUGAUGAAAUUGUUACUAAAAACUUCAGUAAUUUAUCAAUCAACGAUUAUCACUUAGGUAAACAUAUCAGCCAGAAUUCUCAACCGGAAUAUUAUUUAAUUAGUGCGAGUGAUUCGAUCAAAAUUCAAGAGCUGACUUUACAUGACCAUUUCAACUGGUUCUUAGAGAGGGACAUAUUUUUGGAUGCCUGGAAAUUGGGGAGGUAUGUGACAAAUGAUAGCCACAGAUUGAGUAUCGGUAUCAAGGCCAUAGAACAACUUAUUAGGGCAGAUAAAUGGGAUAAAGUUUCCGAAAAUAUGGGUCCAAUAUUGGAGGAGGGUAUGAAGUCUAAUGAUGCAGAAACCGCUACUACAGCCGGAAAAGAAUGGAACGUGCUUAUUAAUGAAGCUAUCAAGUCGGAUAAUAUCCAGAAAAUCGUCAAACAUUUGCCUGUAGACUCAGAAAUAAACAGUGAAAUAUUUGACCUAGUACUAGAGUACUUAAUGAAUCAUAAGUUAUUCGAUCUUUUUUCCCAAACAAUCGCACUAUGGCCAACGUCACUAUUUACAGUUGGUAAAAUUGAAUCAAUGUUAGAAGAUAAAAUUGCUCAAAAGGAUGACAAUGAAGCGGAUCUAGUAAAUCAGUUAAUUUACUUAUAUCUGAAAGAAGAACGCUAUUCUAAAGCUAUACCUUACAUGAUCGCUAAAAAAGACAAAAGAGCUCUCGAUAUUUUGACUAAGCAGGACCAGUUACUUCCCCGAUUCUUUGAUGAUAUAUUAGAAAUACUUGUACUCCCAUAUGAUGGUGAUCUUCUUGAUCUCAAAGCUAUGAGUAUGCCUGAAAUCGGAAAAUGUUUCUUCCAAUCUAUAGAGUUGAUUGUGAAGAAUAGACAAAUGAUUAAAUUCGAUCGUUUCCUACAUUUAUUCCACAGAGAGGAAAAUCAAAAGUUGCGAUUAGAUAAAAUUUUACUUUGCAUAUUAAAUCGCAUCGAUAAGACAGACCCUGACCUGAUUAAACCAUAUGAAGAUGAAAUGAUCCAACUAUAUUCUAAAUAUGAUAAGCAAAACUUACUGAAUUUUCUGAAAAAAAAAGCAACUUAUGAUGUGGAAAAGGCUAUUGAUUUGUGUUCAUCACAGAAAGGGCUAUAUAAUGAACUUAUCUAUCUUUGGGGUAAAAUUGGAGAGAGUAAAAAGGCGCUAUCUAUUAUAGUUGACGAAUUGAAUGAUCCCAAGCUGGCUAUUGACUUCGUGAGAAGUUGGGGAAAUGAUCCAGAACUCAUUGAUUUUUUGAUUGGCUACACCGUGGAUAAAUCAAAUUUUGUUGGUUUAUUACUAGAAUCUUCUGAACAAUUAGGCCACAAAUAUGUCAACGUAAUUAAGGGGAUUGAUGACAGCUUGAAAGUGAACAAUAUACAGGAGAAUUUGAGUAAGCUAUUCAAGGAAAAUGAGCUAAAUAUGGACGUUAAUAAAAAAAUAUUGAAAUUAGUAGAGGAUGAGGCAACAAAAUAUGCAUUGGAAUUAAUGAAAUUACGAAAUAAAGGUAUGCUAUUUUACCUAGGAGAUGAUAAUAAGUUUGUGCCAUUUGAAACAUCAUAA